AUGAAAAAGCAGCUUUCAAUAGAAGAUAGCUUGACGUCUAAGAAAAUAUGGGACAUCAACGAUAGCCGCUCAAGAGCCAUCCAUAAGAAAAUAAUAAAGAUGAUGGCUGUGGAUAAUCAACCAUUUUCUAUGGUAGAAGAUGACGGAUUCAUAGAUUUAAUGGCACAUCUUCGGCCUCACUAUUUGCUUCCCAGCCGACGAUAUUUUGCAGAUAAAAUGCUCCCCAAAGUAUAUAAAGAACUAAGAACCAUUGUUCAAGAUGAACUAGCUGAACCCGAUGGAGACUAUAUCUCUUUUACUUCAGAUAUUUGGACGUGCUCUGUUUCCAAGGAAACUUUUAUUUCCUUGUCCGGACACUGGGUGAAGAAAGAUUUCAAGCGUGUUAAUGCAGUUCUUUGUGGAUCUCACUUCCCAGGGUCGCACACCGGGAUUAACAUUUCUGAGAUGUUCCAAAACAUGUGGGAUGAUUGGGGUAUCCAGGAAGUUCGUCGGAAUCUGCUUGUUCGAGAUGGAGCAGCAAAUAUGAGUUUGGGUGGUGAUUUGGCUGACAUCAAUUCAAUUCAUUGCACAGUUCAUUGACUUCAGUUAGUGUCAAGAGUCCACCAAUUGGAAAAUUAUGAACCUAGAAUAUUUGUCAACGAACACGAACUAGAGCGCAUAAAGUCAUGCAAGUUGCUUGGCGUUCAUUUCAACGAACACCUAAAAUGGGACAACAAUAUCCGUCACAUAACAUCUGCCUGCUACACCACCUUGCAAAUAUUAAGGAAACUUAAACAUCUAGCUUCUUAUUACCUUAGAAAGCAGUUAGCUGAAACGCUAAUAUUAUCCAAAUUGGAUUAUGCUGAUGGUGUUUUCUAUCCACUCCAGCAGUUUCUAUCAAGGCGCUUACAGAAAGUUCAAUUUGCAACUGCUAGUUUUGUCUUGGGUCGAUAUGUUAAAGAUCAAAAGGAUAUCCUGGAAGUUGGAUGGCUUCCAGUUAACGAAAGAAGAGACCUCAACAUCCUGAAAUCGAGUUUCAAAGCCAUGUAUUUCCCAGAGUGGCCAGAGUAUCUAAAGCUAGAACGACAAACUUGCGUUCGAGAACUGCGCUCAACCAAUGCAGUUAGACUAGUCGUGCCAAAAGAAACUGGAACGUUUCAACAUAGUGCUGCGAAACUUUUUAAUUCCUUACCUGAGAACAUCAGGAAUUGUACUAAUUACAAAGUAUUUUUAAAAUUAACUAAAGAACUUUUAUUCGAAAGAGCACGCCAAAACUAGUUUUUAAUCCGAACAUCGAUUUUAUCUAAUUUCAACACUUAAACGUUAUAGUUCAUAGUUAUAGAAUAUAGUAUUUAAUUAGUAUUUUAACAGGGAAGAGCCAUAUGUAUGGAUCUGUUGAAUAAAUCGUUAUUAUUAUUAUUAUUAUUAUUAUUAUUAUUCAAGAUGCUAUAUUGUCACAGCGUUCUAUCAUUGAUCUAUUGGCUAAAUGUCGGCGACUAGCUACACAUUUCAAUCACUCUGCACUUGCCUGUACUGAAUUGAAAUCUUUGCAAGAAGUUCAAGAACAAGGUAAAACACCACUUUUGCUAGUUCAAGACGUUCCAACUCGAUGGAACAGUUCUUAUCUUAUGGUCGAGCGAGUAGUGAAACUAAAGCGACCUAUUCAACUCUAUCUUUAUGAUCACGACAAUCUUCCCACAAUCACGGCAAAUGAGUGGCAGAUCAGCGAACGGUUCCUCCACAUUCUCAAGCCCUUCUUUGACCUGACGAAAGAAAUGAGUGGCGAGUAUUCGAUUCUUUCUGAUGUGAUUCCCAACAUUGCGACCUUAGAGUUAUUCUUGUCAAAGAUCGGCCAAGGUGAUCAAGGAGUCCAGUCGACGCGUGAAGAACUUCUCAGAGCACUCCGGAAGCGAUUUCUAUCCCCAGAAGCAGAAGCGUUGAAUGUGAUGAACGAGAACGCAUAUGUUACUGCGACAUGCAUCGACCCUCGGUACAAAGACCACUUUUUUCCUAGAGCUGAUGACAAGCAACAGGCAAAGGCUUGGCUGGUACAGGAACUUUUUCUGGUUCAUCAAAAGUUGCAUGGUGAAGAAGACAACAAUAACCAAGAAUCGCAGUUGCCACCACAUUCUCCACAGAGAAAGCGAAGGAAAGAGGACGACCUCUUCCGUUCAUGCUUCAUGGAAAUAGUUACUCAGAGAGCAGCCACUGCAUCAACUACUUCGACCAGGCAACAAGGUUGUAGGACCAGUAAAGACGUCCAGGACGUUGCACAAGAGGUUGACUCAUUUUUGUCAUUGCCACUCAUCAACCGAAAAUGUGAUCCACUCGAAUGGUGGAAGAAUGCAAUUCAAUUCCCACUUAUGCAGGAGCUUGCACGGAAGUUACUUUGUACACCUUCAUCUUCCGUGUUCUCUGAGCGGAUGUACUCAGAAUAUGGGAACAUAUUCGAAGAGAAACGAAGCAGACUCCUUCCAAAAAAUGGGGAGAGUCUCUUGUUCAUCCAUCAUAAUGGGAGAGAAUUCCAACAUUGA